GCAAACCAACCGUAUAUACAAAGAUAUAUAUAUACAGAUAUAUAUAUAAACAAAUAGCAAAUACAAACUAUGGAUCGUUGGCUAAAUCGCGUUGCUGUUGUCACUGGCGCCAGUUCGGGAAUCGGAGCUGCCUGCUGCAAGGAUUUGGUGGCCAAGGGCUUGGUGGUCGUGGGUCUGGCACGUCGCGAGGAGCGUCUGAAGGAGCUGAAGGCUUCGCUGCCGGCGGAACAGGCCAGUCGUUUCCAUGGACGCAAGUGCGAUGUCAGCCAGGAGCAGGAGGUGAUCGAUGCCUUCGCCUGGAUCGAUGCCACACUGGGCGGUGCCGAUGUGCUGGUCAACAACGCUGGCAUUGUUCGCAUUGGUGUUGGCAUCACCAACGAGGGCAAUGGCGCUGAUCUUCGUGCCAUUCUGGAUACCAAUGUGCUGGGCGUUUCGUGGUGCACCCGCGAGGCAUUCAAGUCACUGCAGAGACGCAAUGUGAACGAUGGACACAUCCUGAUUGUCAACAGUGUGGCCGGACACCGGGUGAUCAACCACCCGGGCAUCACCAUGGGCAUGUACUCGCCAUCGAAGUACGCAGUCACCGCUCUCACGGAGGUGCUGCGUCAGGAGUUCCACAACAACAAGACCCAGACCAAGAUCACGAGCAUCAGUCCCGGUGCCGUGGACACCGAGAUCAUCGACAAGGAGGCCCUCGGUGGCAUUCCCGAAUUUCCAAUGCUGCGCUCCGAGGAUGUGGCCGAUGCCAUCAGCUACUGCAUCCAAACCCCGCCAAAUGUCCAGAUCCACGAGCUGACCAUCAAGCCCGUAGGAGAAACCCUCUAGACGUACGAUUUCCCACUGGAUGCACCUGCUAUUUGUGUUUACAACAAGGAAGUGUCAUAUGAACUUGAUCUACUAUAUUUUAUUUUUAUUAUAUAUUUAUGCAUGUUGCAUAUGCAGCAAACGUUAUGUGAUUAAAAUUCUUUA